GAGUUUCUGAAUUAAUUUGAACUGAAAAUAUGUCUGGGAUUAAUGAAAAUCUGCUCAUUGCUUUACUAUAAUCUCCUCUAAUAUCUUCAUUUACUGGCUCACCAUGUUGGUUGUUACGAAAGGAGGUUUAAGAAAUAGGAAGUCAAGAUAUCAUUACUUCAAAAUGAAACAGAAAGUGCUGCCAAAUUUUCUCACCACUUGAAAUGGCGGCAGUCUGAACACAGAUUGCAGUGUUCCUGUUGUUCAACUUAAUAAUGAGUUGUAAGCCAAACCUUGCUUUAAGCUAUUGUUCUUUUCAUUGUAACUCAGAAGUUAUGCUGUGACUUCUGUAUCAAACACACGGGCUAAUUUGCUGUAGCCUCAUUCCAGUUGUUAAAUUACUCAUUUCUGAAUCAUUGUAUAGCUGUAGAAAUAUGGCUUUUACAAAUUUGAACAAGCAUACAGGACAGUUCCUUGGCCCUUCCAUGACCUUCAUGUCCACUGGCUGCCAGUGUGCCAAAUUAGUAGUUAACUUCACGUUGUGGUUGAAAAUUGUUGUUGAAAAUUUGCCAAGCGGGCUUAGAUGGCAGCUGUUUUGGACCCAACUAACUAGUCUAAACAUUUAUGCUGAGUGUGAGUUGUCCUUGCCCAAUAACACAACUGGAAAAGUAAAAAUAAUUCACCCAUCUUUUUGUCCAUAGCUCCAGUGAGUUAAGCUGAAACAGACUUAAUAGCUAUUCUAGAUCUAUAAUGGUGGUAUUAUAAACUCAAUUUAUAAUUCAAUGUAUUAUUCAUUAUUGAUACUCAUUGAUGGUAAAUUCAGCUUACUACUGCUACAACUGCCUUGAGGUAGACUGACUAAAAAGUGGAUGAGAAUCUGUGGCUAUGGGCCUUGCGGUCACCACCAAUCACUCACACAAACGUGCACACUACAGGAAUGGUGGGUGAAGUAUCUCGCCUAAGCAAAGCAAACAAAACAAACAAACUAGAACAAUAGUAGGGCCAUUAAAGGUUGAAUAGGACCUUUAAAGGCUGAAACUGGAGACGAUAGCUGUUUACAGUUUCAGUGUAGUUAACGCCUCCCUUCAGAUAGAUAUAAGGCAGUGUCCACCAGUAAUAUGACCAGAACUGAAGAAGCAGCAAAACGUCUUCACUUCUACAACGAUCUGUCCAGUUGACAGAUUUAAACUUUGUCUUUUGCUAUCUUGCCUAAGGACACAACACCAGGCACUGGUCAGAGCUGAAACUGUGACACUGUGGGUGGUUUGGCCUGGGUGAACCUCUCCGCCUCACCCUAUGUCGGCCUAAUUCAAUGAGCUCAGCCUCAGCCAAGAUAAAAUUAUAUCCAUGGAGUUUAUGUGGGACUGUUACCAUAGCAAUAAACAAAUCAAAACAGAAUAUUCUAUCAUUUGAAUGGCCAAAACUCCCUGAAAUGGCGCCUAUAAGAUAAAAUAGGCUACUGUAGACCAUACUGAGUGACUACUAUUCACCUUGGCUUUUCUUAUUGUAUUAUUUCUUCUGCCCUUGUUCUGAAGACUGACCUUGUUCUGAAGUAAAACUAGUUAAUUAUUGUGAGUAAAAUAAAAACAAAAAUACUGAAGGAAGGCUAGUGGCAGGUUACUACAGUGAGACAGGAACUGGGCCGGCACAGAGCGGCAGUGGGCUGGACGGGGGCCGGGUUUGGUGUCGGCGCGUGGAUCAGGGUUCAGAGCUCCUCCUGCUCAGAGACAGGCAAAAGGCGGAGGAGGAGCACCGGGGCGCACAGUCAACACCAGCCGGCACCGAGUAACACCGCCGAUCAGCCGGACACAUCACCGACAUCAGCCAGCGGCACACGGACACCUCCCCGACAUCAGCCCGCGGCGCACGUAAACGCUUCACGAAUGACUGAAGUCCUGGACAAUUCAGAUGUCUUUGCCAUGACGCCAUGUGAUGUCACCGAGCAGUCCUCCCCGUUGCCAAUCCUCGCUAAACGGGACGAAGGGGAAUGUUCACGUAAAUGCAAGAAGCUCAACUUCAAUAAACACUGUAACCAGGUGCAACCAAAGAAAAAAGUCAAGGCCAAAGGGAAGUUGAUGCGGAGUACAGCUGUUUGUGAGGAGUCGCCCCCAGUCGAAGAGAUAACUCCAGAGGACAACAUCUCCUGCAGCAAUGACAAUGACAAAAGUUUGGACAAAUCACAAGACCAAGAUCCAAAGAAAACCUCACUGUCCAAAGAGUCUAGUGCAGAGUACACAGACUGCACGGGCAUAGACCUACACCAGUUCAUUGUUGAUACGCUAAACAAUAACCCCAGGGAGCGCAUGAUUCUGCUUGAACUGGAGCAAGACAUGAUCAACUUCAUCACCAGCAAUAGCCCCUUUAAGAGGUUUCCCCCCAUGUCGUCUUUCCACCGCAUGCUGGUUCAUCGGGUGGCAGCCUACUUUGGCAUGGAGCAUAAUGUCGACCAGACCGGAAAAUGUGUCAUAAUUAACAAGACCAGUAGCACACGCAUACCAGAGCACCGCUUUUUGGAUGAAGUACAAGAAGACAAGCGGGACGAAACGCACAGAUGGAAGGUUAUUUUGAAGCGAGACAGCAGCUUAGAUGACCAGAUACAGCCCCGGCUUCACCCGUUACGAGAAAGGCAAAGUAAGUCAAUGGAGGAGCGAGAAGAGGAGUACCAAAGAGUUCGAGACCGAAUUUUCAACCAACUUCCAAAUGUCAACUCAGAGCCGCAGAGCACCCAGGAGACCGUCCAUACAGAAACCAGGGCUGUGGAGGAGUACAAUCCAUAUGCGGAGACCCAGAGGAGAAGGCGGCUCUUCAGAGGAAGCCGUGACAAUUCGGGCUCCAGCUGGACUGGCAGCAGCGGACAAAGCAGCUUUGACACCGACUGUCGCUAUAGCAGCGACCCUCGACCUUGGAGCAGCACCGACUCCGAUUCCUCCUACCAGUGGUCAAGCCCCACCACCAAACCUCGGCAAACUGCCAACAGCAGCUGGGACACACAUGGCUCCAUCACUCUUGUCAGACUGCCUCCCAGUGGCCAACACCCCUCUCCCCCUCCCAUCAUGGAGGAACAGGCUCCUAACACAACCUACAUCAUGGAGAACGGAAUACCUCCAGGAUGCAUCUUGGUCAACCCUCACACUGGACAACCUUUUCUCAACCCAGAUGGGACCCGCGCGGUCUACAACCCUCCUGACAGCCAGCAGCCAAUCAGGAGCCAGGCACAGCUCCAGGGCUCAGCUCCCCAACAGCAGAUGCUACAGUACUCGUCUGUCUCAUACACGACUCCACAGAUGUUACCUGUCACGCCGUCACAGCCCUACUCCUCCACUAUUAAAGAUCUCUCGUCUAAGUUCGCUCAUGUGGCGGUGAGCUGUCAGUCAAACACUGAAGCCCCAUCCAUGUACCCUCCCACUCAGGGUUAUGUCUAUGCAGCUCCGCCCCCUCCAUCACUCCCCAACCCUCCCAACUACUGCCAGCCUUCACCUCAGGUGCCUUUUUAUUAUUACAACCAAUACCCCACCUCAUCCGAGCACAGUUGCCGCCCAGGCUCCCCUGGCCCCCACGUUGCGAGCCAAACUGCACAUCCAACAGCUGGCUAUGCUCCCACUGUGGGGGUGCAGCAGACCUCCGCACCCCACGCAGUGAUGGGGAGCUACACCUCAUUGGCCUCUCAUCAUUAUGCCCUGGUUCAGGGAGGCGUGCCAGUGUCAUAUCCCCAAAGUAAAGUUAUGGGUACAGAGGGGGGGUAUUGCUGUGUGCCUCCACCGCCCCACCACGGAACCUGCCACCCCGUCUCCUGCACCAACCUGAACGCCCCGGCCUGGAGUGCGCAGUACUGAUGAAUAAACUACACACACGAAGGUGCCUUUUUUGACGUUUGCUCUUCUUCUUGAGGUUGCUCAAGAAGAAGAGGUUUACCGCUAACAUGUAUUAAGCUUGUACCAGAGACAGACCCACGCACAUACUGUACCAAAGUUAUAUAUAAGUUAUAUAAGAGCUGCUGUAUUGGAUGCAUUAUUUAUACCCACAAAUGGAGUUUUAUAUUGAUAUUAAAUUAUAUAUUGAGUUUUAAGGAAAUGCACUGUGUUAAUAGAAUAAAGUGUUGUGGCUGAACUGACAACCACAUUUAUAUAUCA